ACACUGGCGAAAUAUAAGUUUGGCUGAUAGAACGAUUUGGACUCGUCGAGAGUGUUUAGUUAAUGAAGAGGCGUGGUUGAAAAGUGGUUGCGCCUAAAGUCGACGGUAGAACGUAAGCCGUUCAGUUUCCUAGAUAAACUAAGCAGUUUAAUGUUUAAUGUUCCUAGAUAAACUAAGCUUCCCGAUUCGGUUAGUGUUCUGAAGCUCUUUGUUUAGAGUGGUUUCAUAAGUACAGUAGACUUGUAGACUAACCACGAUGGCUGAACAUCACUUGAACAAUGAAAAACCAAUAUUUGACAAACCGAAGCUCCAGUUCUAUUUAUGAGGCUCUUCCUCUUUUACAUGAGAGGACACCAAAGAAGAAAAAGGAUCAUUUUCACAUUUGUUGUGUGGAGCUACAUGUGCAUCUUGAUGGUGCAGUUCGAAUAGAGACCAUCAUAGAUGUGGCCAAGAGACGGGGUAUUAAACUUCCUGCAGCCACAGUGGUCGAGAUGACCCACCUGUGCACACUGCGUGAACCGGCAACCCUCACGCAGUUCCUGGAUAAGUUUAAACAAUACAUGCAUGUCAUUGCAGGUGACAGAAAGGCCAUUAAGAGAAUAGCCUAUGAGUUUGUGGAGACCAAAGCCAAAGAAGGAGUAAUCUAUGUGGAGGUGAGGUACAGCCCCCACUUAUUAGCCAACAGAAAUGUGGACCCGAUACCAUGGAACCAGAAAGAAGGCGAUGUGACACCAGAUGAAGUUGUGAAGCUCGUGAACCAGGGUUUGAAGGAGGGUGAGAAGGCAUUCAAGACCAAAGCCAGGUCCAUUCUGUGCUGCAUGAGGCACAUGCCAAACUGGUCUAUGGAUGUGGUGGAACUGUGUAAGAAGUAUCGGAAUGAAGGUGUUGUGGCCAUCGAUUUAGCAGGAGAUGAGUCUCUGAACUGUGAAAAUUAUCCAGGGCACGUAAAAGCAUAUGAGGAAGCAAUUCGAAGUGGCAUCCACAGAACAGUACAUGCAGGAGAGGUGGGCUUACCAUCUGUGGUGAGAGAGGCUGUGGAGGUUCUUAAAGCUGAGCGCAUCGGACAUGGAUAUCACACAGUUAAGGACCAAGCUCUGUACAGUGAGCUCCUGAAAAAGAAUAUGCAUUUUGAGACAUGUCCAAUCUCCAGUAAACUGACAGGAGCCUGUGAUCCUGACUUCUGUAAGCACCCAGUCAUCAGGUUCAAGGAAGACAAGGCUAACUACUCCCUGAACACAGAUGAUCCAUUGAUCUUCAACUCCACUUUAGAAACAGAUUACCAGACUGUGAAGAUGUACAUGGGCUUCACUGAGGCUGAGUUUAUUAGGGUGAACAUAAAUGCAGCCACGUCCUGCUUCCUGCCUGAGAAGGAGAAGAAGGACCUUCUGAAUGAGCUGUACGGGGCGUAUGGCAUGGUGCAGAACACCAGCUUCUAGAAACAGUCAAGACAACCUCUUUCAAACAACUAUGGGAAAGCGAAUCUUACAGCAUACCUCAACUAAAAGAACACCUCUCAACUGAGCCCACACUCAGAAUGAAUAAGGCUCCUUCUUUCAAAGUUUACCAUACAAUACUUGAGUACAGUUUUUAUUUUCUUAGCAAAGCAGCAUUUGUAAAUCAUAUAGCGAAAUUUGUGCCUGAAUAAAUUGCUGAAUAAUGGAUCACUGCUUAUGUAUGAAAGGGACCCAGCAAGUAAUCAAUUUGAUGUGGGCA